UUGACUACUGUACUAUGGGACCAAGUUCAUACUUCAUAUAUCUUAACGUAAUUAAUGAAAAUAAGUGAACUUUCCGACUUACACUAAGUACCAAUGAUUCUUGCAGUAAAAUUACUAACUUUUUAACAUCGGAAUUAAAAAAAGAAAAGCUUAAUGUCCGUCCUGAUGCUACCGUGCGCCUUCCUAUGCCCGUGCCCCCACGCAGGCAAUCAGAAAUCAGGAAGUAUUACCACCUCAAAAUCACAGUUUGUGAACUAGCGUGUUUGGCCUUCAAUUCGAUCAGCGCUUAGUGCCUAAGUCACUUGCGCGCAGCUGAUAAGGGUCGUCACCGUCGUCCAGAACCCAACGCUGUCGAUCGGUGGGAUGGGGUGUUUUUAGUUACACCAGCACCCAUCACCACCACCACCACCACCAUCCCCCUUUGUCCACUGUAUCAGCUGUUUGGUGACACGUCUUGUCGAGCUCUCGCGCUCUCUAUUUUCAAAGCAACACCCACCCCAGCUCUAUCUUUUCAAGUACGAUGCAAAGCGGAAUGUCUUGCGAGGCAGGUGGAUGGGGGUUGGCAAAGGUGAUUAAGUGCUUGCGGUGGUGCGGUAUUUCUUCGCUCCCUUUCUGCCAGUUCGAUUGUGCCACCGGUGGGUCGAUACGAGAUUGGUGACGCAGAGCUUGAAAUUUCAGUUUUUCAGCCCCAAAAAAACAAACUGCCCGCAGCCAAAAAUGUUGAGAAAGAGUGAUAGAGCGAGAAAGAGAUUACAAGUGGACGGUGCGAAAAAAGGGGACCAAAACCAGGGCGGGAGGAGGCUAGAGUGGUGGGUAUGCGAAUGUGCGCGCUGCGCGCGCGCGAUUUUGCCGUAAUCGAUGGGUGAGUGCCAUUGCGCGAAAGCAUUCGUGCGUUGGACGCGUAACGAAGCGGUUUAGCUUUUUUGGAGCCUUUUUCUUCUCUGUGUGUGUGUGUGUGGGUGCGCGCGUUUUACCCCGAGGUGUAGUGUAAAGUUUUCAGUUGGGAGUGAUUUUACAGACCCUCCGGUACAAAAAAAUAAAGAUGAAGACGACCGCACAGCCACCGUUUGACAUUGUAACGGAGCCGCCAUCGCAGGAGCUGCUCGAGGUGUCGCGCCACGAGCUGCGCGAAACGCCCGAGGUGCGCGAGCAGGCGAUCCUGAAGUUGCGCGAGCUGCUGCACAACGCCACCGAUCUGCACUACGCGGACGACGACGACUUCCUGCUGGUGUUUCUGCGCCCGUGCCACUUCUACCCGGACAGUGCGCUCAAAAUGAUGCGCAGAAUAGCAGACUUCAAGAAGAACAACUACCCGCUCAUGCACAACCUGGCGCCGGAGGACGAGAAGCUCUCCUUUAUCGAUCACAAGAUCGUGAACGUGCUGACGAACCGCGACCGCAAGGGUCGGCGGAUACUGAUCGUGAGCUGCGGCGCCGUCUGGGACCCGAAAGCGGUGACGGCCGAGAAGCUGUUCCGGAUGUUUUACCUGGUGCAUCUGGUCGCCCAGCUCGAGCCGGCCACCCAGAUCAACGGGGUGGUGAUCGUGAUGGACUUUGAGGGUUUGUCGCUCAAGCAGGUUCGUGGCCUGUCGCCCUCGUUCUCGAAGCUGCUGCUCACGUUCCUGCAGGAGGCGGUGCCGCUGCGCAUGAAGGAGUUCCACAUCCUCAAGCAGCCGUAUAUCUUCAACAUGGUGUGGACGCUGUUUAAGCCGUUCAUUGGCGAUAAGCUGAAGAAGCGGCUCUACUUCCACGGCAGCGACAUGAAGAAGCUGCACAAGCACAUCGAUCCGGCCGAUCUGCCCAAAAACUAUGGCGGCACGCGGCCCGCCCUCGACUACAGCUCCCGCGACUGGUAUCCCUGCAUCGAGAAGUACACCGAGCACAUCCAGCGAUGGAACGGCUACGGUUACGCGGCCGGACCUUGAGAGCGGCAUGCCGGGGGGGUGUGUGCGAAUCCAAGUCAGCAAAAACACAAACAAACAAUUUCGCACCAAUUUCCAAAGAAAAACGGGCCAAAAACUACUUACCGCGAGUGAGACUUACAUUCACAAACAAUUUAAACGUUAAGCACAGGUUGCAGGGUACGGUGGGUGACAAAGGGGGAGGUGCGAAGUCCGAUUGUCGCCGAUCAACGCAAAGGGUGAUAAGCAAUCGCGCGGACAAUGACGUCGAAAGCAAUCGAGCAGCCGGCGUGUGGUACGGUGUGUGGCGAUAAGGUUCGAAGGACCAUGCCGGCCCACCACGAAAACACGCAUGGGAUCAAAACAGGGACACUAUUAGUGAUUAGGAAGGGUGGAACACGGAGCAUUUUGCGUGCCUGUGUGUGCCUGUGUGUAAGGAUUAGUGAGAUUAAUCCCCGUUCAAUGUGGGUGCGUGCAGUUCGGGUAUUUAUAGCUAUAUAAAUUGAAUAAACUGACGAUCGAUCAAAGGA